UCAAAUUGAUUCACCUGUUUCACUGUUUAAAAUUUACUAAGUUGUGUUUAGUGAAUGCAUUUCUAUGCAGGAAUACAGCAAGCCCUGUUCCAUCCAUUUCUGGCUUCUUAAUUUUUUGCAGGUUCCUAUCGCGGUCUCAGUUACACUUUUUGAAGCCAUAGGCUUAUACAAAGGAACUAGAGUGAUUGCAUCAAAAGGAAAGGAAGUUACCAAUUGGAAGAUUCAUCAGAUUUGUCUUUACUGUUCCACGGGAAUAAUGGCUGGUAUGGUUGGUGGACUGCUUGGUCUAGGAGGUGGUUUCAUUUUGGGGCCAUUGUUUCUAGAAUUGGGAAUUCCUCCUCAGGUAGCAAGUGCUACAUCAACUUUUGCCAUGGUUUUUUCAUCCUCCAUGUCCGUGGUGCAAUACUACUUGUUGGAUCGUUUCCCAGUACCUUAUGCUUCCUACUUUGCAUUGGUUGCAACCAUAGCUGCCUUCACUGGCCAGCAUGUGGUGAGAAAAGUAAUUGUAGUUCUUGGCCGAGCAUCCAUCAUCAUCUUCAUAUUAGCAUUGACCAUUUUCAUCAGCGCAAUCAGUUUAGGUGGAGUGGGAAUAGAGAACAUAAUUGAAAAGAUAGAAAGUCAUGAGUAUAUGGGCUUUGAAGAUCUUUGCGCUCUGUCUUAGGUGUGCCUUAUUAGUAUUAGCAUAUAGAAUAACAUUAUUCAAAUUGGUGACAUGGUCACCUAUUUGUUCAUUUGAAUUCAAGUAAAGAAAAGACUGUGAGUUUUAAAUUAUAUUACUUCAUUAUCUAUUCUGC